AUGCGCGCCGGGUGCGUGAUCGCCGGAUCCUCACAGCUGGUAAGUAGAUUCAGAUCUCGUGUGUUUGCGGUGAUUCGAACGAAAAUCCGAUUCCCAGUUAACUUAAUCGACCAUUACUUUAAGACGCAACAUUUCUCGCUGUACAAUUCGCCGCCCGGACUCGCCACCCAGCCACAGGUGGUCACUACUCAGGGAUUACCAUUCGAAAUGAUUUCCAGAAGAUUUCUCCUCCGGUGUGAAAUGUUACAGAGCACAAGAAGGGUAUACAAGAAUUUACUUGGUUUCUGGAAACGAGCUCAGACGUGACGAAGGCGAAUUCUUGUUGAAUUCUUUAAGAAUAUUCUCGAGUAGAAACGGGAUGGAAGAAAGGAAUGCGUUCCAUAAUUCAAGGAGAAUUCUUGGAUUCUCUCCUUACAAUUAGUAGCACAAUAUACAGGGUGUAUUCUGGAGGUCAAAGUAAGAUUUUUUUCCCUAUGAACACAGGUCCGCAAAUAAACGCCCUUUGAGCUAGAAUUCGAAAAUUUGUGAAAUUGACCAAACACCCGCAACGCGUAUUGGCGCAAUGUUGGGAAAUAAUGUAAGUCUAGUGUUUCCAAUAUUGGCCCAAUAUUGUAAGAUGAACGC